AUGUAACCAGAGCACACUAAUUUCUUUUUUCAUCUUAGAAAACGAAAAAAAAAAAAAAAAAAAAAAAAAAGAAGCAUAAUGGGGUUAUCGCUGUGCUUAGUUGUGUUUCAGAAUUUGGUUGCAAAGCUUUUGUUAUUUAAUAUUUUUGUUGCUGAUUAUAUAUCUUCUGCUAAUAUUCAGCAGCCAUCUUGCCAUGAUGAAGAAAGGUCAGCAUUAAUGCAGUUCAAGGAUAGCUUUGUCAUUAACAAAUCUGCUUCUUCUUUUGAAGGUGCUUAUCCAAAGGUUUUACGAUGGAAAUCUGGUAGUAAUUGCUGCUUAUGGGAUGGCAUCGGUUGCGAUGCAGAGACAAGUCAUGUGAUUGGCCUUGACCUUGGUAGUAGUUGUCUCUUUGGCUCUAUCAACUUCAAUAGCACCCUCUUCACCCUUGUUCAUCUUCAAAUGCUGAGCCUUGCAGACAACCACUUUAAUUUAUCUCAAAUUCCCGCUGCUAUCGGCCAACUGUCUGGCCUAACUUAUCUCAACCUCUCUAAUUCUGCUUUUUAUGGCCAAGUCCCAUCGGAGAUUUCAAACUUGACCAAGUUGUCCUCCCUUGAUGUGUCUUCCAAUUAUGAUCCAGAUACUGGAGAAAAGGUUUUGCAGCUUAAAGAUCAUCACAACUUCAAAACACUAGUUCGGAAUCUGACCAGAAAUCAAAGUGAACUGGAGUUGUUGUUUCUCGAUGGAAACAAGAUAAGCGGCCAAAUACCAAUUUGGAUGUGGAACACAAGCACACACACUUUGAUCGUGUUGGACGUUAGUAAUAACUCCUUAACAGACUUUGACCAACUUCCUAAUCAGUUUCUUCCUUGGAUUAACUUAUUCAUGUUUGAUAUAUCACUGAAUAAGUUUUUAGGACCCCUACCAAUUCCUCCACCAUCCAUUGCUUAUUAUAAUGCCUCAAACAACAUGCUAACUGGAGAAAUUCCACCUCUAUUUUGCAAUAUGACUUCAUUUCGUAACCUUGAUUUGUCUAACAACAACUUGGAGGGCAUGGUUCCAAAAUGUUUGGGAAGCUCAAGUAAGGCUCUAUUGACGUUGAGUUUGAGAAACAAUUCAUUUCAUGGAAUUAUACCUCAACUAUGCAGCAACAAUGCAAGUCAGUUGAAAAUGGUUGAUGUUAGUUAUAAUCAGUUGCAAGGGAAGCUACCACGAUCAUUGUCCCAUUGUUUGAUGCUCGAAGCUAUUGUAGUCUCAAACAAUCAAUUACAUGAUUCCUUUCUGUUAGGGAAUUGGGAGAAAAAUAACUAGCAACGGAAACAAAGAAAGCGAAGAACAAACACACAAUGUACGUGGAAACCCUUGACGGGAAAAACCACGGGCAGGGAGAAGCAAAUCAAAUAUCGAAAAAUUGGUACAAAGGUGAGCAAAAUUUCGCGAUACCCUGAAACCUCAAUUUCAGCCGAAAAAUCCCAAAAGCAUAAGAAAUAUAUAUUGUAUGGAAAAAACCCUAAAAUUGAACAGGUCCGUACUUCCGCUUCCACCACAGAGCCCCAAAUUUUUCUCUAAAAUUAGUUUCACCAAAUGGGUCGCACCGCGAGCUUUUCGGGUCGGGUCAACAAGAAUUCGGGUCACUAACUCUAACACUUUCCA